AUGGAAGAGAACUUGGAUGAUGAUGAUAAUAAUAUGGAAGGAAUAGCUCAAGGAAUUGAGGAAACGCCAGAAGAAGUCAUGGUAAACGAGGAAAUAUGGUUAUUAGAACAGAAACCAACCUUGCCUGAGACUAUACCGCCUCAAGUGGAGUUGAAACCUUUGUCGCCUAAUCUUAAAUAUGCUUUCCUUGGCCCAGAUUCCACUUUCCCGGUAAUAAUUAAUGCAAGCCUGACUGAGAUGGAAACACAGAAAUUGAUCAAAGAGUUGAGAGCACACAGAAAAGUAAUUGGAUACACCAUUGAUAACAUAAAAGGAAUCAGCCCUUCCAUCUGCAUGCGCAAAAUUCUACUCGAAGAAGGAUAUAAGAAUUCGAUUGAGCAUCAAAGAAGGUUAAAUCCUAAUUUGAAAGAAGUUGUGAAGAAAGAAGUGCUGAAGCUUCUAGAUGUCGAAAUUAUUUAUCCCAUAUCAGAUAGCGAGUGGGUAAGUCCGGUACAUGUAGUCCCCAAGAGAGGAGGAAUGAUGGUGAUUAAAAAUGAAAGUAACGAUUUGAUUCCAACAAGAACAGUUACAGGAUGGCGGAUGUGUAUCGAUUAUAGAAAGAUAAAUAAGGAGACUAGAAAGGAUCAUUUUCCCUUACCGUUCAUUGAUGAGAUGCUAGAAAGAUUGGCAAAACAUUCUUAUUUUUGCUAUCUGGAUGGAUACUCUGAAAAGAUUAUGGAGGUAUUCAUGGACGAUUUCUCAGUUUAUGGGAAUGACUUCGACUCCUGUCUUUUGAACCUUUCUAAAGUUCUCCAGAGAUGUGAAGAUGUGAACUUAGUUUUGAACUGGGAAAAAUGCCACUUUAUGGUUAAAGAGGGGAUUAUCUUGGGACAUAAGAUUUCAGAACGAGGAAUUGAAGUGGAUAAAGCCAAAAUAGAGACAAUUGAGAAACUACCUCUACCUCAUAAUAAUUCUGCUUUGAUGAUGACUGCAAUGAGGCAUUUAAGAAAUCAAGAAUGCUCUUAUCUCAGCCCCCAUAAUUCAAGCUCCAGACUGGGAACUCCCAUUCGAAAUCAUGUGUGA